AUGGCGCCAAAGAAGAAGAAGGGAAAGGGGUCGAAGAAAGGAGGCAAAAAACCAUCUGGACCUGGUUCAUCAAUCAACAAGAAAGCCUCUGGAUCUGGUAGCAACAAGAAUCUCACGGAAAACAAACUGGUGGAGGAGGUGGAUGUUUCUGAUGUGGAGGAGGAUAACGGGAACAACAAGGCGCAAGGGGAGGAUCGUGUUGAAGAGGUGCAAGGUCCGGUUGCAUUGCAGCGAAUCCUGGAGGAAGCGGGGUUGCCUGCGUCUGAAGUUGAGAAAUUGGUCCUAGAGUCUUUUCCCGAUGCGUCUCUUGUGCCAGAAUCUGCUCGAGAUCAUGGUGCAUCUUCCUCACACAGCUGUGACAACAUCAAAACUUGCCCACGUCCAAGCUCUCCAAGUUAG